ACCCAUAAUUACAACUUCGACAGAAGGGCCUUUUCAGCCAAUUUUCUAAUUUUCCUCCCUCCAAACACACGUACCAACUGACCGGCGAUAUCACCGGCGCCACCCUCCUCCGCCUCUCUCCACCGCCACCUUCUCCGGCGACCAUGGCUGUGGAUACAGACUUCACAUCGCUUUUAAACAAUUUAAAGGUCGAAGAUCCAUGGCUUCCACCUAGACCUUGGGAAUCCAUACCUACCGAAAGCGGACUCUCUGUAACUUCAACGUCUUCCUCAUCUUCUACACGCUUCUAUGACACGUCAUCAGUUUCCGAGGCUAGUUUAGUGAGGUUGGCAAUGAACGCUCUGCAAGGUUUAGAGUCAUCUCUUAUAAGUAUAGAAAAACUUUGCGCAAUAUUUCAGUCGGAUCCAACCGACAGAACGUUUCACCGAAUUCCAAGCUUGUGGACUAAGUCUGUAAGUACACUUGCUCUCGAGAAUAUACUUAGAUCCUUAGGCUGCAUGGGAUGUGGAGUUUUCUUUCUCUAUAAAUUCGUUAAUCAUUUCACAUGCUUAAAUCCUGAUGAUGCCGGUUUGAGAAGCGAUGAGAAUCUUGAGUCGGCAGGAAAUGAUUAUCCUCCGUAUAGUUUGGCCAACCAGGCUUUUGCGGUUGCUGUUAAUGAUGUUUUGGAGGGUUACGUUGCUGCAUUGGAUACUUUGUAUUCGUCGGUUCGUUUAAGACGGUCAUCAAAUGUUGAUAGCGUGUCAAGUGGCUGUCUUUCAUGUGUUGGGCACUCUGAGAUUACGUUGUUAGAGGUUUAUCUUCAUACUAAAGAAUUGAGGAACCAAAUUGAGGUUAUCGGAAGCAUCUGCAAUGUGCAUAGUUUAGCUAAUUCCUUCUCGGUUUCACCCCUUGAGAAUUUAGUUACUCAAACAAACUUUUCUGACUUUCCUAGAGGUGGAAAUCUUCUUACGUUCUUGUAUAAGGAGCUCCAGGUUGCGGAUCCAGUUCAUUCCGCUCUUCUCAGAACCCUAUUCAUCCGUACAUGUGAACCGUAUUUUGACUUUAUUAGAUCUUGGAUUUUCAAGGCCAAAAUUACCGAUCCUUUUAAAGAGUUCAUAGUAGCCGAGGCCGAGAGUAACACAGUCACCAUCAGGGAGCAAGAUGGAGUUUAUGUUCCGUGUUUUCUGAAGGAAUUCUUGAUCCCACUUUUUAGGGCUGGUCAGCAGCUUCAAGUGUUAAUAAAAUUGCUAGAGUUUUCUGAUGGUGUUGGGAGUUGGAACCGAACGUAUGAGGAUUUUCUUCCUUAUUGGAGUAGAAUGUCAAGCUCUCGUUUGUCGCAUGCAUUUCAUAUGGAUUUCAACAAGGCAGGAAUUGAAAUGAUGGUACUUAAAAGGAGGGAUUAUUACCAGAUUAUGAUGGAAAAGCUCAAAAAUCAUUUGCCAAACCUAGAGUUCAAAUAUCAUCAGGUAAUUACGUACGCCACAUUACCAACUUCUGGUAGAGGAAGUGUGGAAGCUUCAUCGGUCUCUCCUGCAGCAAAGAAUAUGAAUCAAAAUCUGCCUCUUGGUACAGUGGAGUGUGAUGCAUCAAGCAUGACAGAUGAAUAUUCUUAUCUUGAGGAUUCAUUGGAAUCAUCUGAAUGUUCAUCUGUCGAAGACUACGGUGAAGAAGAGAAGACGGUUGGCCAUAUUCACGAUCCAGACGAUUUAGAGAAAAAGUACUUGUCUGCUUUAGAAAUCACUUCAGAAACCUACAAUAUUCCGUUAAAAACGCCUUCUCAAGAUGAAAGUGCAUCCACUAUGGUGACUGAAUCACAUGAACCAUCACAUAAACCAUCACAUAAUGCUGAUUUGGCCGGUUAUUCUACGAGUUUAAGAAGCUUGAAACCAUGCGAGGUUGAACAUGCUAACAUAAUUCUGGGGUCAAACAAACUUCGGGAAAGAUGUUCCAAAGUCAAACUACCUACUUUUGACUUUGAGUCUGUGAAGAAUCCACUUACCGAAUGCGCUGAUAGGCUAGGCAGUUUUUACAGAACUAAUGGUGUUGAUAAUAUGAAAAAUAACAAUAUGAGAAAUAACCAUAAUAAAGGCCAUGUUGAUGAUGCAAUCACUGUGAAAAAGAAUUCAUUCCACACACAAGCAUCUUUUGGUUCGAAAAGUAAUCACCAAGAACAGGAACCGUUACUGGAUGUAUCCGGUGGUGGUUGUUGGGAAAGUCUUCUUGACGGCACUGGUAAUGAUAAUAAUAUCCACCCUGGCGAACGUAAGACCAGUGUGGGCCCGGCUAUCGAGAUACCGUUGGAUUUUGUUCUCGAGAAAUGCUUGUUGGAAGAGAUUCAACUACAAUAUAUGUACGUCAGUAAAUUAACAAUCAAGCUGCUUGAAGAAGGCUUCUCGUUACAACAACAUUUGCUGGCUUUGAGGCGGUACCACAUGAUGGAAUCAGCUGACUGGGCAGAUUUGUUUAUCGUCUCACUCUGGCAACACAAAUGGUAUGCAAGAGAGGCGGAUAAACGGAUAUCUGAAAUUCAGGGCCUUCUAGAACUUGCCGUUCAGAGAUCUUCAUGCGAAAAGGACCAUUAUAAGGAUCGUUUAUUCGUGUACAUGAAAGAACAAGACUCAUCAUCUCUUCCUAGCUUUACAACUGGUAUACAAUCUUUCAACGGUUUAGGGCUGGGGUACAGAGUAGAUUGGCCAGUGAGCAUUGUUUUGACACCUGGCGCAUUGAAGAUAUAUGCUCAAAUUUUCAGUUUCUUGAUACAAGUCAAACUGGCAUCAUCUUCUUUGACAGAAGUUUGGUGCUCGUUUAAGGAAUCAAUCCAUUUCACCAACAAGGACCGUUCUUCUAAUGCACGUAAAUCAAAGUCGCGCAAUUUCAAUAUUAUGGUGAAAUUGAGGCACCAGAUAUAUCAUUUUGUAUCAACAUUGCAGCAGUAUGUUCAGUCUCAAUUAUCACAUGUAUCCUGGUGCAGAUUUCUACAGUCUCUCAAGCAUAAGGUUAAAGAUUUGACUGAUCUUGACAUUGUCCAUAUGGAUUAUCUCAAGGAUUCACAAUGCAUAUGUUUCUUAUCAAACGAUAUGAAACAAAUAGCCGACAUUAUUCAAAGCAUUUUGCAAUGUGCAUUGGACUUCAGAUCUGUUGCUGCACUAUAUGGAGGUCUGCCGGAUGUCUCUCAGGUUCUCACCAUCAAACAAACAUUUGACCAGAACAUAAAACAACUGUACACAUGUUAUCUCAACUCUCCUAAGAACGUAGAAUUUAGUCUUCCAAGGUUCUGGGAGUAUCUCGAUUACAAUCACCAUUACUCUAACGUCAUCAAUGAAGAAAUGGGCCACCGUAUUUUCUCCAUCUAAACCCAUGGAGAUCGGAAGAAAGUUAUUAGCGCCGUCUUCUUACCUACUUUUUGGAAGGCCAGAAAUGAAAAGGAGUUCAAUAAUGUAGUUAUUUCGGUUUCUAAAACCGUAUAUGAGAUCAAGCAAAAUUCAUUCUUGUGGGUGAGAAGUAGAUCAAAAUUUAAUGUCCUUAAUGAGGGAGAGGUGGUGUGGAUUUUAAUAUUCGUAAUGUAAUCCUGUAACUUUUUGUUUUAAGGUGUUUCAGCAAAAGCUUCUUGCUGGUCCGGUUUCUAUA